CUCCGCUGCGCCUGCGUUUUUGUUCGGCCCUUGGUGUGACCCCGACCGCUCGCUCGCUCCCACGUUCAAUCGCCCGCCGCUACGUUUCGCAUCUUGACCAGGCGCUGUCGCAAGCAACGCCGCAGGCCCGCACGAGGACUCAGAGAGGUGCCGUACGCACUGCGCAUGCUGCCCGUCGUUGCCCCAGCCGCUUGACUGAUCGCUCUCAUAGCCGCGUCUUCGCUCGUUCGUUUGACCCCUCGUUUGGAUAGCUCCCUCUCCGCAUAUCCCAGCACGCGAUCCUUGACUGUUGCUGCGAAACAUCCACCACCGCCUAUUCUUCGACACAGCAUUCCUCUACCGCCGAAUAUCCAUAUACCCACUUCAACAUGGUCGUUGCGACAAUAAAGUGCGUCGUCGUCGGUGACGGUGCCGUGGGCAAGACAUGUCUGCUCAUCAGCUACACCACCAACAAGUUCCCCUCGGAAUAUGUCCCCACCGUCUUCGACAACUACGCCGUGACCGUUAUGAUCGGUGAUGAGCCAUAUACCCUUGGCCUCUUUGAUACCGCCGGACAGGAAGAUUACGACCGCCUCCGACCCUUAUCGUACCCCCAGACCGACGUCUUCCUCGUGUGCUUCUCCGUAACCUCGCCCGCCUCCUUCGAGAACGUCCGUGAAAAGUGGUUUCCCGAGGUGCACCACCACUGCCCUGGCGUGCCAUGCUUGAUUGUCGGUACACAGGUGGAUCUGAGGGAAGACAACUCGGUAAAAGAUAAGCUGGCAAAGCAAAGAAUGGCGCCAGUAAAGCGCGAGGACGGCGAGCGAAUGGCACGCGAACUCGGUGCGGUCAAGUACGUCGAGUGCUCGGCUCUAACGCAGUACAAGCUCAAGGACGUGUUUGAUGAGGCGAUUGUAGCAGCGCUCGAGCCACCGUCAACUAAAGAUGCAGACAAGAAAAAGAAGAACAAGAAAUGCUGCGUUUUGUGAGAGAGGGUGUAGAGGAGUACACGUACGGGCGAGCAUUUGUGGGAGCUUUAGUUUGCAGAUCUUCUUUGAAUGGCGUGAGUUUUCUGGAUACCUCUUCGGCUUUAGGCGCCCUUUGCAAGUAGCGAUUCUGUCAAGCUACACCAAUUCGUAUUCUCACCAGUUUUUUUUUAUCUCAUCCAUCCGUUCCCU